AUGUGUGGUAUUAUCGCCGUAAUCCAUGGGGACCCGAAAUCGCAAUCGGCCUCGGUUGAGCUUCACGAAGCGCUAUAUUUGCUCCAGCACCGUGGGCAAGAUGCGGCUGGCAUUGUCACUUGUAGUGCCGGCGGGCGCUUCCACCAGUGCAAAGGUAACGGCCUCGCCUCCAAGGUCUUCCAUGAAGGAGCCCGGAUCUCGGACCUGCCUGGCUUCAUGGGUCUCGGUCAUCUGAGAUACCCGACUGCUGGCAGCAGCGCCAACUCCGAAGCUCAGCCCUUCUAUGUGAACAGCCCGUACGGCAUCUGUAUGACGCACAACGGAAACCUCAUCAACGCCCCCGCGCUACGGGAACGACUCGACCACGAGGCACACAGGCACAUCAACACCGAGAGCGACAGUGAGCUGAUGCUGAAUAUCUUCGCCGACGAGCUCAAUGAGACUGGCAAGGCGCGUAUCAACGCCGAUGACUGCUUUGCAGCCCUGGAACGGAUGUAUAAGCUGUGUAUCGGCGGAUGGGCAUGCACCGCCAUGCUAGCUGGUUUCGGUCUUAUCGGCUUUCGCGACCCCUACGGCAUCCGGCCCAUGGUUCUCGGCUCCAGGAAAUCAGACGAUGGCCUGGGUAUGGACUACAUGAUGGCGUCUGAGAGCGUGGCCCUCGUUCAGUGCGGUUACAAGGACUUCCAGGACAUCCUUCCCGGUCAAGCUGUCAUCAUUGCGAAGGGCAAGGAGCCAGUCUUCAAGCAGGUCGCCAAGCAGGAAGCGUAUACACCGGAUAUCUUCGAGUAUGUCUACUUUGCUCGUCCAGACUCCGUCAUGGAUGGCAUAGAUGUCGAUGAGAGUCGGCGCAAUAUGGGCUUCACACUUGCAGAGACCAUCAAGCGACAGUUGGGCCCUGAAAGGCUGGCUGAGGUCGACGUAGUCAUGCCAAUCCCUGAGACUGCCAUAACUUCCGCUGUUUGCGUUGCAGAGGCCCUCCAGAAGCCAUACGUUCAGGGAUUCGUCAAGAACCGGUACAUCUUCCGCACAUUCAUCAUGCCUUCACAAAAGCAGCGGCAGAAGGGUGUUCGGGCCAAGUUGAACCCCAUGACAAAGAAAUUUGCCGGGAAAAACGUUCUACUCGUGGAUGACUCGAUCGUCCGAGGUACUACGUCUCGCGAGAUCGUUCUAAUGGCCCGUGAGGCAGGCGCAAAGAAGGUUUACUUCACUUCAUGCGCCCCGCCCAUCACCAACGCGCAUAUCUAUGGCAUUGAUCUGGCCUCCUCUUCAGAGCUUGUGGCACAUCACCGAGACUCAACUGCUAUCGCAAAGCAUAUCGGUGCCGACGACGUCAUCUACCAGACUCUUGAAGAUCUCGAGAGUGCUUGCGCAUCCCUCUCUCCCCGCGAUCCUGCGUCACAGAAAUUCGAAGUCGGCGUGUUCUGUGGCAAGUACGUCACACCUGUCGACGCUGGCUAUUUCGAGCAUCUUGAGCAGAUUCGAGGAGAGAGUCGCAAGCUUAAGGUAAUGGAGACCGCACGAGAAGCUGUCGUGAAUGGUGUAGCCGACUCGCAACAGGUACGCAUGGCUGCGAAGGGCGUUGAAGUUGACCAACACGGCAAUGUCAUCCCAGCGGAUGAGACCGGAUCACCUGAGUGGCAGCCGGUGAGCGGUGUUGGUGUCAGCAGGGUCCCCACGAACGACUUGGCCAACGCCAACGGCGAGGGUGAGGAGAAACGCUUCACCAACAGCCAGGACAUCAGCUUACACAACCUCCACGACUACAACUGA